AUGAGCCGGGCACUCCUCCGCUCCGUCCUGGAGCUUCGGGCUCCCUCGCAGCGUCUAUUCGGAAAGCGCGCCGCCUCAAUUGUCUCGUCUGCGCGAGCCUUCAACACCACACCCCCGAUUGUCGAGCCCAUUUCGACAAAGCACGCCAAAAAUGCGACCAAUCCGAGCGAGGGCCAGCCUCGGCCCAUCGCUCUGAAGAAGAGCCAUCCUUCGCCGCCCCCCAAGGCGAUUGACGACUCGGUUAAAAACCUGCUCCCUUUCCUCGCCGCCCAGCCUGGUCACUACAUCACGGUCCACAUCCACGGCUUCCCCUACCUCGUCCAGGAGGGUGAUCAAAUCCGUUUACCGUUCCGCAUGCCGGGUGUGCUACCCGGCGACGUUCUGCGUCUGAACCGGGCCAGUGUUCUUGGCAGCCGCGACUACACGAUGAAGGGCGCACCGCACAUCAACGAAAGCGUUUUCGAGUGCCGCGCGACGGUACUAGGCACCGAAUCCGAACCGUUGCGCAUCAAGAUCAAGAAGAAGAGGAGGACACGUCGUGCCCGCCGAGCCACGAGCAAGCAUCGAUAUACCAUCCUGAGAAUAUCUGACUUGACAAUCAAGACUGUCGAGGACAUCGAAAGUCAAUGA